AGCCAGAGGUCACGCAUGCGCACAAACGACUGUUCCAAGACAUUUUUCGACGGAGUGGAUGAGGACGGUUAUCCUUUAUCUCUUACCUUAAUUACAGUAUCUUUAUAAUGGAUCUGGAAGGGGGCACUUACGAACCUGGUUUUGUGGGCAUCAGGUUCUGUCAGGAGUGUAAUAACAUGCUGUAUCCUAAAGAGGAUAAAGAAAACCGCAUCCUGCUCUACGCUUGCAGAAACUGUGACUAUCAACAAGAAGCCGAUAACAGCUGCAUCUAUGUGAACAAAAUCACCCAUGAGGUUGAUGAACUCACUCAGAUUAUUGCAGACGUGGCUCAGGAUCCAACACUACCUCGGACGGAGGACCACCCUUGCCCAAAGUGUGGCCACAAGGAGGCGGUGUUCUUCCAGUCUCACAGUAUGAAGGCUGAGGAUGCCAUGAGGCUUUACUAUGUCUGCACUGCCCCACACUGCGGCCACAGAUGGACAGAAUGAGGAGGAGAAAGAUUAGACGUUCUGGGGCCCCGCGUCAUUCUUGUUCCAUCCCUGAACAUUAUUUCUCAGUUUAGGGGACGUCUGUUGUGGAGUGGAUGUGUUUUGCGGCUCCUAACUCGAAAUGAAAGUGUGGAUAAGUAGUACAACAAAUAAAAAGGAAAACUUGUGGUAUAUGUAUGCGAAAAAUGCGUAUUAUAUGCACGCCAAAGUCCAUUUGUGUGUAUCAAUACCACAAGAUUUCCUUUUUAUUUGGAAUAUUAUUUAUACAUAUAUUUAUAUAUUUUUAUGAGACUGGGCUCGUUUUGUCGGUGACUAAACUUUAGGUUGCUUAAUUUUAGUGUGAGAUUCAUGCACAAACACCAGUGACUCGUCCUUUGACCCGAAGUGUUUAUAGUUUUUUUCAUUUGAAUUCUACACAGUGUAUUUUUUGGAAGGUUUGUAAUAAAAGAUUGCAAAAAGUAA